GCAGUAGUAGAUGAAAACAAAGCUAUUGAGUUGGAUCCCUCACUGGCCAAAGGCUACCUAAGAAAGGGUAUAAGAAGAGAAAGAUUUGGUUCAAGCGUGCCAUCGACUUUGCCUUCAAGCUCUACGGCGCCACAUUUAUUAGAAGUUGAUCUUACUUCUGCCCCUGCAGCACCAGCCAAAGCGAAGUACAGACACGAGUUCUACCAAGAGCCAGAAGAAGUUGUGGUAACUAUCUUUGCGAAAGGGAUACCGAAGCAGAGUGUUAAUAUCGACUUUGCCGAUAUAAUCACAUGGGCCAUCCUUGAACACGGCAAAGGACCAGCGGUUUUGCCAAAGCCAAAUGUCUCAUCAGAGGUUUCGCAGAGGCCUGCAUAUCCUUCUUCUAAGAAAGAGAAAGAUGAGAAGCUGGAAGGAGACGCAGCUUUGAACAAAUUCUUCCGUGAGAUAUACCAGAGUGUGGAUGAGGAGGAUACGAGACGUGCCAUGAGCAAAACAUUUGUGAGUAUCAUAUCUAUAUUCACUUUGAUAUAUCUAAAGAGAAGAAGCCCACUACGA